GGCACAGCGAGAUCACAUGCUACAGCGAGAUGGCGGCGGUGGCGAGAAUGAGUGCUCCACCAAAGAGUGGAUACUUAUCCCAAUCAUUCCCCUUGACCUCCACUACUUCCCCAGCUCAGCUACACACCAGGAACACGAACAGCCAUGAGCAAGCCUGGAGACUACGCCGCGGUGCGCCGCGACAUUGCCGCCCUACUACACCAACCUGAGUAUGAUGAUGGCUCCGCUGGACCCGUCCUUGUCCGUCUUGCGUGGCACUCUGCAGGCACCUACGAUGCCGGCACUGAUACUGGCGGCUCGAACGGUGCCGGCAUGCGCUACGAGGCUGAGGGUGGCGAUCCGGCCAACGCGGGCCUACAGCAUGCGCGGGUUUUCCUUGAGCCGGUGAAGUCAAAGCACAGCUGGAUCACAUACGCAGAUCUGUGGACGCUUGCCGGCGUGGUGGCGAUCAAGGAGAUGAGCGGCCCAGAAGUGCAAUGGAGGCCUGGCCGAACGGACUUCGUGGACGAUAGCAAGCUACCACCUCGCGGCCGAUUACCCGACGGCGCGCAAGGUGCAGACCACAUCCGCCACAUCUUCUACCGCAUGGGCUUCAACGAUCAAGAGAUCGUUGCUCUUUCCGGAGCGCACAACCUCGGCCGAUGCCACAGUGACCGCUCCGGCUUCCACGGCGCAUGGGUCAACAACCCGACCCGCUUCUCAAACACUUACUUCCGGCUCAUGCUGUCGCGUACCUGGAAGGAGAAGAAGCUCGAGAAUGGUGUGCGGCAGUUUGUCCACUACGAUGAAGACGCGGACGAAGAGCUGAUGAUGCUGCCUACCGAUCUCGCUCUGGUGUCUGAUCCAAGCUUUCGACCGUGGGUCGAGCUGUACGCCAAGGACAAGGAUCGCUUCUUUGCCGACUUCGCUGCAGUCUUCGCGAAACUGAUCGAGCUAGGCAUCAAGCGUGAUGCCAACGGCAGGGUUAUCAACUCGGACAAUCUAAAAGGUGGCUAUCAUAGCGCGCCGAAGAAGGCUAGCACGCCUGGCUCGCCGGACCAAGUAGACCGAUAUGGUGAAGCUGAGCCGCUGAGAGAGGAGAACAAAGGCUUCAGAGCACGGUUAUAGGAACACUGCAUCACGAACCUUGUAGACAUAGCGGCGGCGCUUCUAAUAGACAGAUAUAUCGGAAGACAAUAGAGGUAGACGUACAGAUAUGAAUUUAGUUCGUUCUGUCUCCUUUCUCGUUGCUCUUGGCUCUUCAAAUGAUCACAGUCGUUGCUUGGAGCUUUCGUAGACGCCACCUUUGGCAUGGACAGUCACUGCCACACUUUGUCCAAGUGACGUGCCACUGUCUGGGUAAUACUCCUCGAGCGUUAUACGGCCACUGAGCGGUAUCACGAUCUUGGGAAGCUGUCAAGGAGCCCGCCUCCUUGCGAUCAUCGUAAGCCCGACCCUCUCUGAGUUGAGAGCAACUCAGUCAAGGUAAUGCUACGCCUCCGCCAACUUGCCCAUCUCCACCGCCCAGCUGCUCCAUGUGUACUUCCACCGUAUCUCCAUCAUCCAUUUCGAGCUACCAGAAGUUAGCCGGGCACAUGCAUUGA